CACAAAGUGACCUGACAAAUUCCCUGGCGGUGAACUGAGAGGAUGGGAAUGUGAAUUUAUGGAUCAUUGGAUAUAUAGAUCCCCGCGCCGUAGAUGAUGGAAAUAUUGGGUUAUCAAUGUAUCUGAAGGUCUGUAUUCUUUUGGGAUCAAUUACCAGCUGUGUCGUUUAAAAGGGUAAAGUAGUUAGAAAGGAUGGGACGCCUAGUCAGUUAACAGCCUAAACCAUGAACUGUUUAUCUAAAUGGAGAGAUGGCAUGCGUGCUCAUCUUCAGUCGACUUUUCCCCUUUUCGCACCGGCUCAGAGGAACAUCAUUUUGCAUCGUAUCUCUUUUUCUUUCGUUUUUGUGUUAUUGUGCGCUUUUUCCUGGAGGUGCUGUCAUGCAAAAGUCAGAUGAUCCAACACCCAGCUGUCUGCGAACUGCUGGAGCGAAACUGCGCCUUCAGAAACCACUCACCUGUCUCUCUCCGCUGGACGCAAGAAAGCGCAGCGCCGCUGAUGAGGCAUCGCAGCCGCAAGGCGAGCAAAGACGCUCUGCAGCCGUCAGGGACAAUACCCCCAGUCCCCCGAUGAGUCACCUAAAGUUCGGCAAUAAAAAGUUACCAAACGCCAUCAUAGUUGGGGUUAAAAAGGGAGGAACAAGGGCGGUUCUGGAGUUUAUUAGAAUUCAUCCGGACGUCCGAGCAGCUGGGACCGAAACUCAUUUCUUUGAUAGAAAUUAUGACAGAGGUCUGGAGUGGUACAGAAGUUUAAUGCCAAGGACCCUUGAAAGCCAAGUGACGAUGGAGAAGACACCAAGCUACUUUGUGACCAAAGAGGCUCCGCGCCGGAUCUCUGCCAUGUCCAAGGAAACUAAGCUCAUAGUGGUGGUCCGUGACCCUGUCACUCGAGCAAUAUCAGAUUACACUCAGACUUUAUCCAAAACCCCAGACCUGCCAAGCUUCCAGGAUCUGGCCUUCAAAAACCAGAGCAUGGGCAUUGUUGACAUGUCCUGGAAUGCCAUCCGAAUCGGACUGUAUGCUCUACACCUGGAGAACUGGCUGCGUUACUUCCCUCUGGCUCAGAUUCACUUUGUCAGUGGAGAGCGUCUUAUCACGGACCCGGCUGGGGAGCUGGCCAGGGUGCAAGACUUCCUCGGACUGAAGCGCAUCGUCACUGACAAACAUUUCUAUUUCAACCGCACAAAGGGCUUCCCUUGCCUUAAAAAGCCAGAGAGUAGCGCUUCACCUCGCUGCCUGGGAAAGUCUAAGGGCAGAACUCACGUGCAGAUCGACAGGGAAGCUAUUGAGCAACUUCGAGACUUUUACAGGCCUUAUAAUGUUAAGUUUUAUGAAAUGGUGGGCCAUGACUUUAAAUGGGAGUAGAUGUUUUACUUUUUUUUUUUUUACAUGGAAAAGUUACAGUACAUAAAAACUGUCUGCACAGCAAUG